AGUAUCCUGUUCUUGCAGCAAUAGCCAAAGAUGUAAUGGCUGUUCAAGUAUCCACAGUUGCAUCUGAGGCUGCUUUUAGCACUGGAGGGAGAGUAAUCGACAACUUUAGGAGUUCAUUAACUCCAAAAUCUGUGGAAGCUUUGAUAUGUUUGCAAAGUUGGUUGAGGGGGAAUGAUAUUAACUACAUAGAGGAUGCUCCAGGCAUCAAAGAAACAGAAUUCUACGAGAAAUGUGAGAAAGAUCAUAUAACCUCAGCAUCUUCAAGUGUAAACUCAUGUCCUCCUCCAAAACCAAAGGGAAAGGAUGCAACUAAUGCAAGUGAUGAAGUUGUCGAAGUUGAAGAUGAAUCUGAAAAUUCUGGUUCUGAUGACUCAGAAACAAGUUGAACUUUGCUCAUUGUUGGUUGUUGCUUAUUUUUAAUUUUUAUCAUUUCAU